AGUGUCAAAUUUUGUCAAAUUAUCAUUUUCUAUAUGUCCUAAUACUCGAAAAGAGCAGAAAAAUUCAAAAAUACUACGAAACUACGCAGUUAAAUUGAUUUCUUUUUCUAAUCAUUAAAAAUGGAUACCGUACGAAAGUUUUUAAAUUUAAAACGAGAUGAAAAUAUUGACAAACCACCAAAGCAACCACCGUUUGGCAACGAGUUUCGUAAGCCAGUUUGGUUCGAUGAUUGCGAAUCGGAUGAUGAAUUGUCCGAGCGCAAAGGAUUCCAAGUUUUUACCAACCCAAUGGAAAUGCAAAAAUAUUUUGAGCAACAAAUGAUCGAAAUGUUGAAAAGUUUUGAGAUGAUUGAUGAAAACGGAAAGAUGAUCAUUGAUGAAAAUGUCCGCGAGAACUUUUUGAAACCAGGAUUCGAGGACAUGCAAAAGGAUUUAAUGGAUAAGAAUAAGGCUAUCGAUACAGAUUUGGACGACGAAAUCUAUGCUGACCAGUUGCACUCGUUGCUUCAACGUAUUUCACCGGAAUUGGAAAAGUCUUCCAAAAUGAAACCAUACGUCGAAGGCAACAAAAGCGCCAAGAAAACGGAUGAAGAAACGAUCUGGGAUCGCAUUCACGGUACAUUUGUUGAAGACGCUAAGCCAAAUCCUCCAAAGCGCAAUCAACUGAUGAAAAAACUACCACAUCCUCGCGGCGGUGUAUUCGAAGGUGCGUUCCAGGGACCGAAAGUUUUUCGUCAAAGUGUAAUGACUCAAGUCGUUCGCAAGCCGGAUGGUUCCACUGAAACUCGUCGCACUGUACGAGAUGCAGAUGGCAAUGAAAAUACAACGGUAACGAAACGUUUUAACGAUGGCAAAGUUGAAACGUUUUCGUAUCCGGGCAAUGGGACAAUCGUUCCGACGCCAUCAGUCCAACGGGAUAACGCGUCGAUGUUCCUGGUCGGCAAUGGGGACCGCAAUGUCGUCGUGACGAAAGACGGUUACGCAAUCCCGAAAUUGUGGUGACUACUGGCUGUGGGGGAUGAAUUUUUCGAUUUUUGUCUGAAUUUUAUCAUCAAAUUAUUGUCACACACUAGCUGAAAUACAGCGAUUCUACGCGGUAGGACGUGGUUAAUUAAGUUUAAUGCAGCCGAUGAUGGAUGUAGGGAACAGUGGCAUAAGAUUUUGUUUUGUAUUAGAAUCCUAUUUUCAGAAUUUUGUUUGCCAUUAAGUUAGAGCUUAAUUUUCUAUUUCCACUCCACUCAGACAUCGGACGUUUUAAUAUCAUUGGGAGUCAAAACGUUUUAUUUUUCCCUUAAAUUAUUUGAAGAAAAAACAAAACAAAAAUAAUUUUACGUGUGAUAUUAUUAUAAUAUGCCCCAGCCAGUAAAUUAAGAGAUUUUUUUUUCAUCCUUUUGAUGAUACUAAUAAUAUAUAUAUAUGUGUGUGCUCGGUCAGUAAGUGCAGAGCGUAUUAGCUGGUAAAGACAAAAUGUUGGUUUUCUUCCUUCAUCAGUAACAUAAUUGAAUAAAAAAAAACUAGUAAUUGUGUAGCAACAAGA